GAACACGUCUUGCCUCAGAUCACCUUCAGAUGAAGAGGCGAAGAUCCAUUUCUCGCCGGGUUUCUUGCCAAACCGUGAACCCUCGGGCUCGGUCUCGAUAACAUAUUUGAUAGCUUGACCGACGAGACCAGUGCCUCCGGUGACGAGAAUGAGGGCAGACAUGCUGAGGAGGUCAACGGAGAGUGCAGUCCGUGUACAAGUACUUUGAAACUAGACUAAACCUCGAUCAGAUUAUGGACGUCUGCAUAACCUUUUAGCUACGUCCCAGCGCAAGGUUAGGGUUCAAGAGCGAGAACGGUAGCACACUCGGCUGGCUCACCUAAUACUAUGACACAAUGCUUCCUGAAUCAGCAUUAGGGGCCAUGUGUUCCCUAUAUUCUUUUUUUUUUCAGAUGUUCUUUCUAAACUGUACCAAGACAUAGUCUAACGGGAUGUCUCAUAAGUUAGGCGAAACGUACUCCGGAAAGAACCCCGUCCCCCAGGUUGCCACCAAGCUCACGUCGCUGGUGAAUCCCGAACGAGCUACUGAAGCUAAAGCUCAACAACUUCAGGACCAGAGCAACAAGGAUGAUAAGAAACUUACAGAGAAACAGGCGCACCGUCUGAAAAAGGGACAUGCUGUGAGCGUCGAAGAUCCUACGACAGGCGAGGAGGUGGAAAUCAAGAACGCGGAAGAGGAGGAAGACGUUCACAUUCAAGGAAAGAACGUAUUGGACAUGGACUUUCCUCCACCCAACUGGAGUGACCACGAGACACACGUUAGCGUCGCGACGAGCCACACUAUCAUACUCAUCGCCUUAGCUUACAUUACAUGCUUCGCAGUUGCCUGUCUGAUCUCUAAUUUCUUCUAUUCCUUCGCUUUAGCAACUAUUCCUCCAUCGCUCUUGACCUAUGUCCUACUGUUUCGCCUCCACAACGUCUUGCGUAACGACUUCGAGGACCGCAUAUGGCAUUCAGAACGAAUGCGGGGAAUGAGUGCAGGCUCGGAUGUUGAUCGUGAUGGAAAAGUCAGCGACAGGGAACGAGUCAAGGAGAGUGCUGAAUGGGCAAACGCGGUUCUACGAGGCGUAUGGCCUGUCAUGAACCCAGAAUUGUUCAGUUCAACUGUAGACAUGCUUGAAGACAUCAUGCAAGCAUCUGCGCCCAGUUUUAUUCAUUCUGUCCGCAUCCCCGAUUUAGGACUAGGACAGAACGCAGCUCGCGUCACGUCCAUUCGUUCACUUCCAGAUUCAGAGGAGCGCCAUGAAUUGGGAGCAAAAACCGGUGGGAAGGCACGCAGAUCUUCGAUCACCAGCCAACGCGAGGACUCCGCUGUCAAUGAAAGCGAAAGCGAUACAGAUACGUCUCACCCGGACGAACAUCAACGGGAGGAAUUGGAGGGUGAUCACGUCAAUCUGGAAGUUUCAUUCGCCUAUCGCGGACUCCCUAGUGGGAACACUCCUGAGAGCAAGGCGGGAAAUGUACACCUCCUGGUUGAGUUCUUCUUGGGUGUCAAAGGCAUAUACGGGUUUAGAAUUCCUAUCUGGGUGGAAAUCACGGGUGCAGUAGGAACUGCCCGAAUUCGUUUGCAGCUUAUCUCUGAUCCACCUUUCGUGAAGAAGGCGAUGAUCAGUAUGAUGGGUUUGCCCCGUAUCACCAUCUCGGUUACUGCACUCACCAGAGCCCUUCCAAACAUGAUGAACAUCCCUUUUAUCUCUGGUUUCAUCUCUAGCGCGAUUGAUACAGCAGUCGCUGAAUAUUCGGCUCCAAAGAGCAUGACCAUUGACUUGCAACAACUCAUUAGUGGAGAUGAUAUCAAGAAAGAUACGGAGACUUUGGGCAUCCUCGUUGUCCACAUUCAUCGCGCGACAGGCGUAAAGGGCAUGGACAUAGGUGGUAGUUCUGCAGAUCCAUACAUCACCUUGACCUACUCAAAAUUGGGGAAACCUCUGUAUUCAACUCGAAUCAUCAAGGAAGAUUGCAACCCUGUAUUUGAAGAGACCGCCUUCCUCAUGGUGGAUGUAAAUACAAUCCGACUACGGGAGAAACUGAGUUUCCAAUUGUGGGACUCUGAUCGUACCAGCAUGGAUGACAUGUUGGGUACCGCCGAGAUUGAGAUCGUCGACCUUGUUCGAAACAGAGGAAAGCCUGUCCGGAAGGUGUCCUCACUUGCCAGCCCCGAUCUCGCCCAUCGUCCUGGUUCAGUGGAAUACACUGUAGGCUACUACGGCAAAAUACCGCCACCGAGCCACUUGAAGACAGACGGCGCAGAUCCAGGCAUUCCUGAGGACCUCCGUGAUAAAGCUGAGUUCAAGGAAGCUCGUGCCGUCGCUUUGGAUGAGUUGGAAUCCUCAGUUCUCACUACUCCACCUGACCCCGAAUGGCCUUCUGGGAUCUUGAGUAUUCAGGUCCACGAAAUAAAGGAUUUGAAGGUCAAGACGGAGAAUAGGCAGAGUUGGAUAAACCUUCAUACUCAAGUGGGUGGGAAGGGUCAGGAUGAUAGUGGAGGAUCUGAAGAAGAAGGUGAAGGUCUGCCGUCUUCGUUUUGCGAGAUUUCCUUGAACGAUGAGCUUGUAUACAAGACUCGUGUCAAGCCUAUUACUAGUUAUCCGAUGUUCAACGCUGGCACGGAGCGCUUCGUCAAAGACUGGAGGAAAGCACACGUCACUGUUGCAGUCAAAGAUUCCAGGCUGAGAGAAAAUGAUGCUAUUCUCGGUAUUGUCAUGCUGAAGCUUUCUGAGUUAUUCAUCAACGCCUCUGAACUCACACGGGUGUAUUCUCUCGAGGAGGGACUUGGUUAUGGUCGCAUCCGUAUCUCAAUUCUCUUUAGACCCAUUGAAGCCAAACUUCCACCCAACUUGCUUGGCUUUGACAUUGGUUCUCUCGAAAUCGGAGACAUCAGGGUGAAAGCCGACUCUACAGUGGUAGACGAUCUUGCACGAUGUUCGCUCAGACUCAGCACUUCGAAUUCCAGCUGCACGAGCAAGAUCUCGCGCAAGGCAGCUCGGAAGCAAGAAGAUGGAUCAUUGCUAUGGUCGCGUGAUGAAGUCACGCUCAUCCCAGUUCACCAACGUUACGAAGCUGCUCUCCUCAUAUCAUUCUAUGAUCGCUCGAUUAUGACGUCGAGUGAGAAAGCAUUGGGCGUCCUGUGGCUUCGAGAUCUUAUUGACAACGAAGACAGCCAAGUCGAAAUCGCUGUUUGGAGAACAAAGGACGGAGACUAUUCACGUCUCAAGUUCAACUAUGUAUCUCUCGACGGCAAUCUGGAAUGCUGGGACUCUGAUAAAGACAAGGUUGAACGCAUAGGCAGCAUCAUUAUUGAUAUCGUUUUCAAGCCUGGCAUUUCGGAACUUCAUCGCAAGAUGCUAGACAGUGGAGGGACAACCAAGAGACAAGUUUGGGGUACUUUCGAUCGAGAACGCGCUGGAGGACUGCGUGAUUAUGUUGGUGCCACGCGAGAGCGAGGAGAUGAAGCGGAAGAGCAUACAGCCGAGCCUGGAGGUCCAGACGCUGAGGGUGACAUGACCGCGACGACCACAACUGGUCCUUCAGACACUGCCGACGGGGAUCAGCGUUCAGCGCAGAAGAAAUCUGAUCAACAAGGCGUGAGCACGACCGUUCAGCCUGAGAACGCCGAGGAGGUAUCUCAGUCGGAGGACUCUGGUCACGGUGACGAAGAUGACGAACAUGGUGGCGAAGCAGGAGGUGGGAAGACUUCCAUCAGGCAGAAGUUCAAGAAAUGGAAAGAUAACGAGGCAGAGUUACACCGAGAUCAUCGCGGGAUGAUGCAAGCCAAACCAGUGAGAACUGCUGAAUGGAUCAAGGAUAAUGUGGAGGAUGCAGCUCAUGCCGUCAAGGAGCGGUUUUCAAUGACUACCAGAAAACCCGAUAUUGAGACCGAGGUCUGAACCUAGGGCGGACGGUCAUUACGGGCAUUUUUGUAUGAUUAGAAUGAGUUGUGUUUAUGCCAUAUACCCCUGCAAGUCUUCACCAGAAACAACGAGUGUCAGGUCUCAGUAGGAACACUAGUUGUAGAAGACUGGAAUAUGGUAAUUUCCAAGGUGAUUCUGCGAACGUAACCCUAAGUAGCGUCUCGCAAUGCUUUACUCCAGAGUUCCACAUCAGCCCAUUUGUUAUUCCUCCUUGAUGAAUAAAACAAGCUAGCUAGGG